AUGACCAGAACUAGCAAAUGGACAGUCCACGAAGCAAAGUCUAACCCAAAGUAUUUCACCCAUAACGGAAACUUUGGGGAAUCUCCCAAUCACGUCAAGAGAGGAGGCUACGGGAAGGGCAAUUGGGGCAAGCCAGGAGACGAAAUUAACGAUUUGAUCGAUUCUGGCGAAAUCAAGACCGUCUUUAACAAGACCAGAAGGGGUUCUAACUCCCAAAACAAUGAAAGGAGACUUUCUGAUUUACAACAGUACCACAUCUAG